AUGAAGGGGUUGGCCUGCCCGUGCCCUGCCCUGCCCCGCUUCUGGCAAACAGGGUCUUGCUUCAUGGCUGAAGGCUCCUCCCGCACUCAGGCCCCAGGGCAAGGGCCUCCUGUCAGCAUCCAGCUCCUGCGAGCCCAGUAUGAAGGCCUGAGGAGGCAGCAGAGGACCCAGGCCCACCUCCUCGUGCUCCCCAAAGGAGGGAACAUGAAUACUUCUGCUGGAUCCAUGAUCAGUGCUGUUUGGAUUAACAAGGAGGCAAGGAGCUCCCUGUCCCUGGAAGAGGCAGAUUCUGAGGUAGAGAAGAUUCUGGAAGAAGCCAACAGCAGCUGUCUUCAGACUCCUGAGUCUCCAUGGCACACAUACCUAGAGAUGCAUCGCUUAGUCCAACCCUUCCACUGUGAAACCAGUCAAGUGAAGCCCAAAGGCCAGUUUGUGCAGUCUGACCAAAGACUCCUUCCAGGAGACCCACACAUGUUUAAAAACAGUCAGAAGACUCGACAAGGAACCAAAAUCCCAGAGACAGCCCAGCAUCAAUGUCAGGCAGGCAGUACCCAAACAAAGGCAGCAAGACCCAGCUUAAAAACCAACAUUCAGUUUCUCCCUUCCAUAAAGAACUCACACAGGUCUAGCAAACCUGCUCACUAUCCGUUUCCCCAGAGGAAAACUCCCAGGAUUUCCCAAACUGCCCGGAACCUGGGCUUAUAUGGCCCAACCUGAAGUGUUCUACUUAGCCACAGAUCUCAGCCUUGGGGCCCUUGAUGGACUCAUCAAAAAGCAGA